AGAAGAAGAAGAAGGAAGUGCUGUCAGAACAACAAGCCCGUCGUUAGACUGAAGGAGCGACUGAGAUGUCAGAUUUGUCGUUGUAUUUAACUAAUGUCAACGUUUCCCUGGGGCAAACUAUGGAAACUGAAAAGGGUCCAGGAGGGGAGCCAGGCUUCGAGACCGUGGAUAUGGGCGACUCUGCGGGCAGGCAGGGGAGGGUGAAGGUUCCCCGCAGGAUUGUCUACUUUGCCAGUGGAGAGACUAUGGAGGAGUACAGCACCGAUGAAGAGGAGGAAGAGGAGGAGCCCAUGAAGAAAGAUGUCAUCCCAGUAGAUCCGUCCAAACUGACCUGGGGCCCAUAUUUCUGGUUCCACAUGUGGAGAAUGGCUACCUCCACUAUCACAGUGUGUGACUACAUGGGAGAGAGACUGGCCUCUCUCUUCGGCAUCACUACUCCUAAAUACCAGUACGCUAUCGAUGAGUACUACCGUAUGAAGAAAGAGGAGGAGGAGGAAGAGGAGGAGGAUCGUCUGGCUGAGGAGGCGGAGCGUCGAUUUGUGGAGCAGCGCAGGGGCGAGCAGGAUGAUCCUACUGCUCCUCAUCCUGCUACUGUGGAGCAGCCAGAAGCAUCCGGAGCCUCCUUUGUAAACAUAAGCUUUGAGCUCCAACCAGAAUCUCCUCUCAACACUCCAGACACCAACAGAGUCCCUUCUCCUCUCCCCUCCUGAAAUCUCAGAGACAAACUCUCUAACAUCCACACAUUUCUAUCAGCUGACAGAACCUUAAUUUACUUAGUUGUAUAGAUUAAUAAUAUUGUUAUUUUUCUAUGUUUUUAUUUUGUCAAAAGAGGUCUUAGUACUCAGUGCAGGGAAAAAUGAUAAGGGCUGUGCAUAUGGCUGCAUUGGCCUUACCUUUACCUGAAUGUAAAUUUGUGUAUAGCGUGUAGUUGUAUGCAAGACUGAGGAAUAUCAUUUAACUAUUUGUAGACGAGGACAACAGCCAGCUGGACUCAACCCAGUUGAGUCAGUCGGCUGCAUUCAUGGGCUAAGUGGAAACGCUUUCAAUCCUCCUAAUCUAUAUAUGCAAAUAACUUAUUUCAUAAACAACCAGAUUUGUAAUGGCGUGGCCUGUUAAUGGCGCUGCCUUGUAUUCAUUUCCGCUCUCAGUCUCAGUUCUGUGAUUCUUGUCUCUGACAUUGUUGUCCAGAUCUGAUAUGUGCAUUUGCAAGGUGUAAAAGAGCUGGAUAGUUUUUGACCUACAAACUAUAAAGAUAAGCAGGAAGUGAUAAACUCAGUCACCAGAGCUGGUGUAUUUUUAGUUUACACUGGGAUCGUAUUCUACUCUCCAGCUCAGCCUGUCGUUGCCAUACUGUCAUCUCUGUUAUUUAGAAAUAUAAAGUGAAGCCUUAAAGUUUCAAAUAUUGGAAAGAGGAGCAGAUGACAAUGUAUCUUAUACUAAUAUACAAUAUACAGUAUGUGUACUUUCUGUUUUUAAACAUUAUCUAACUUGACAAGAUUACAACAUCUGCUUAGAGAAACAACAGAUAUACCAGUUUUGAGUCUUUUGAGUUUCAAGUUCAUCAAAUAUGACAACUGUGCUGCCUCUGCCUUCUAAUGGUCAUCAACGCUUUCUCAAUGCUACUGUACCUCCCUGCUGUUUGACAUGGACAUGUAAUAAUAUCUGGACUCAUUUACCUUAGAUUACUAUCGCAGGGUCAGAAUAAGGGCUGGUUAAAACAAGAGAUAAUUCAGUAGGUGUGAUGUUUGGUAGCAGUAGUAGUCAAUCACAGGCUUCUCUUCUCUGUGAUGAUAUUUGACAAACAGAAACAACUCACAUAAAAGUUGUUACUGAUUGUUUUUGGUAGGAAGUGCAAAUUUUCAGCCAACAUUGUUUAAGUAAUAAAACUAAUCCAGUGCGAAUCUUUGAAAAUGUAUCUGUGCUCCAAUUCACUGAUGACUAAUGAUCCACAUCGCCCACCCACAGUGGUACAACCUUCAUGUGUUGAAGGUUCAUUCUUUAAGUGUCCUUGUGGAGCAGGCUGGCAGCUGUGACUGAGCUGUCAUAAGCUUCUUAUUCAUUAUUUUUAUCCACCGAUGCGGUUGUGUGGUGUAAUUACAGACCUCAUCAGAGAGCAGAGCUGAAGGGUUUAGUCAGGAGUAAACAAGAAGCACAGACAUUGUGGCCUUCUGGUUUCUCUUAGUAAUUCAUAAGAAAUUACACGCAGCUCUUUAAAAAAAUGAUCCAUUUCAAGAAGAGAUCUUAAAAUGGGCUUUAAACAUGUUUCAGCACCUUAGUUAAAUGAAGGGCAGCAUAUGCAAAAAUGUUUAGUUAUUUUAACUGACAUCUUAAAUUGUAAUGUAUAUAUGUAUUUAUAUUUUCUGUGCAUUAAUAAAACCUUGAUACAUUUAAAAGGUU